GCGGCCGCAGAGAUGGAGGACGUGCUGGACCUAGGCGAGGAGCGGCGUCGCGGCUCGGCCACCUCCGGAGCCAAGAUGGGGCGCCGAGCUCAACAGGAGUCAGCUCAAGCCGAGAAUCAUCUCACUGGCAAGAAUUCCUCUUCGACUCUGACUGCAGAGGCUCCCCCUCCCAAGCCACCACGCAGGCAAGGAGGCUGGGCAGAUGACUCCAUGAAGGCUUCCAAGUCAGGAAGGAGGGCUUCUGAAGAGAUAGAAGAUCACCGCCUCAGACAGCAGAGCCUGGAUGGAUCAGAUGAUGGAGGAGAUAUUCCUGUUAUUCCGGACCUGGAAGAAGUACAGGAGGAAGACUUUGUUUUGCAGGUGGCGGCCCCUCCCAGCAUCCAGGUCAACCGGGUGAUGACCUACCGUGACCUGGAUAAUGACCUCAUGAAGUACGCAGCCUUUCAGACCUUGGAUGGAGAGAUCGACCUGAAGCUCCUCACCAAAGUCCUGGCGCCGGAGCAUGAGGUUCGAGAGGAUGACGUCAGCUGGGACUGGGACCGUCUGUACACUGAGGUGUCCUCAGAGCUCCUCAGCGAGUGGGACGUGCUGCAGACGGACAAGGAGGACCCCGUGGGACAGCAGCCCUCGCACACCUGAGCCCGGGGGUCGCUCUCCCUGCACGCGGUCACCUCUGCUUUGGACUCGAGACACAGGCCAUAAACCUAAAACUAAAGAAGCUUGCAAGCAGCUCAGAAUUUUUAUGUGGACUAUUUUGUAAUAAAAAUAUCUAUUUUCAGUAGACCGCAUUGGAUCGUUCGACUGUAAGAAAUUGCUUUUUUCUGUAGCCCUCUCUUCCGUUUCUUUCCAGCACUCCCUUGGAAAGAUUCGUCAAGAGUGAAGGAGGGCAUGUCUCCCCAUCGUUGAAGCUUGGGAGGGAAAGCUAGAUUCAGGGGGAGAAGCGGUGGUGCUCCUGGAAGCCGUUCGGUUCACAGAAGCCACAGCAGCUCCCCGGAGCAUUUACCUACACCUUUAUGUUCCAACCAGUGUUGUCGCCCACCCGAGACUUCAGAGGGCCUCCCAAGAAGAUGACCCAAGAAGGAUGAUAGAAUGGUUGAGCUUCGACAGGUCUCGGGCUGCAGUGGAUUCGACCCGCCAGACGCGCGUCCUGCCAGCAGACUGGAGGUGAUGCACAGGACGGCACUGAGAGGGGCAGGGGCAGGGGAGCCACAGCCCUGGAUGGAAAGAACGCACAGGGUUGGGACGCCCUCCUAAGUGCCAGUCUCAGAAACCCCCCGGAUACUAUUUGGGCUGCUCGGUGCUAAAGUGUCCCUCAGGAAUCAGAGGUCAACCCGGAGGGGGCAAGAAUCUUUGCAGAUGUGAUCAAGUUAAGAUGAAGCCAUACUGGAUCUGGGUGGGCCCUAGUCCAAUAGCUAGUGUCCUCACAAGAAGAGAAGAGACAUAGUGACAGCCACACACUGAGGGAAGACUGCCUUGUGAGGAUGAGAUUGGAGUGAUGCAUCUACAAGCCAAGGAACGCCAAGAACCACACGAGAAGUAAGAAGAAAUUGGGACACGCAGAGAGCCAUUAGGGGUAUGAAGAAGCAGCAAGAGGGUUGCCGCCUGCAAGCCAAGGAGAGAAGCCUCAGAAGAAACCAAUACUGCUGGCACCUUGAUCUUGGACUUCCAGC